CGUUGGGAGCAGGUGGGUGUGUGGAGGCCGUCACGUGACGCCGCGACUGGCUACUGUCACUCUGCUAUAAAUCCACCUCUGUGUAUCAGGCUGCCCUUUUCUCCACGGAAGGUCCAGGCUACAAAGUAGCUUCGACUUCUUCUUCAGUCAUGGCGGACCAGGCUUUUGUGACGUUGGCUACCAAUGACAACUAUGCUCGGGGAGCCAUGGUUUUGGGAAAGUCCCUCCACAACCACAACACAUCCAAGAAGCUAGUGGCACUCAUUGGUCCACAAGUGGCAGAGCCUUGCCAGUCCGUGCUGAAGAGAAUCUUUGACGAGGUGAAGGUGGUGGACGUGCUGGACAGUGGCGACACGGCACACCUGGCUAUGAUGAAGAGGCCUGACCUGGGCAUCACCUUCACCAAACUCCACUGCUGGACUCUCACACAUUACUCCAAAUGUGUUUUCAUGGACGCAGACACACUGGUGCUUUCAAAUAUAGAUGAGCUGUUUGACAGAGAAGAGUUGUCAGCUGCUCCCGACCCUGGCUGGCCUGACUGCUUCAACUCUGGCGUGUUUGUUUUUCGUCCUUCUAUGGAGACUUACGGCAAACUGCUUCAGCAUUGUACAGAACACGGCAGCUUUGAUGAUAUGGAGGCAACGCCAAGGUGGUCCAUUUCCUGGGGAAGACCAAGCCAUGGAGUUACACAUUUGACACCAAAGCCAAACGGAUCACAGGGAGUGUGCAUGAGGCCACUACACAUCCCACCUUCUUACUGGACUGGUGGACCCUGUACUCCAGCACUGUGGUGCCAAUGCUGCAGGAGCAAUAUGGAGACCAGCCUUUCCACUCUGGAUGUGUGGAGGGUGAGAGCCCUUCUUCAUAUGCAGAAGCACUCGAACCCCAGCUGUCCUCCGAAGAACGGAAGCAGAAGUGGGAGCAAGGUCAGGCAGACUACCUUGGAAUGGACUCAUUUGACAAUAUCAAGAGGAAGCUUGAUACUUUCCUCAAAUAAAGAAGCGGGAUAUCAAAAGAGCACUUGCAGUUUAAAAAACUAUCACCACAGGUCUCAAGAAAAUACUGUAAAACAGGUCACAGUUUUCCAUUUUGCCUGUUUCUCAAGUAGAAAUGAGUUCAUUCUCUCCCUCUACUAGCACCACCCAAUCUAUACUCCAAAGACAGGGCAAGAUUAUGCAAGCCUGUCAUUAUUCACUUUACCCCACCACAGGUAUCUCUUCUGCUACACUGUGAAGAAAAUCAGGAAAGAUUUAUCAUAACAUAAAUUCACUUUUUAUUGAAGCAUAAAAAAAAUUGCAAUAUUCCUUUAUUUUUUUUUCCUCCACAUUGCUUGUUUUUGAAAAGAAGGCAACAAGAGUUGAACUACACAUGUACAUUCUUCAUUUUUCCAUUUUAUCCAUUUGUUUUUUUUUUUUUUGCAGGCUUACCAUUUUUCUUUACUCAAAUCUAUUUCUCAUGCUUUUGAAUUGAGUGAUCACAACAUUUAACAUAGAUAUGAAAACAUGUUUACAGCACUUAUAAAGGCCAUGGUAUGGUCAUUUAGCUAUGCAUAUUGAUCCUUCGUGCCUUAGUGUCUUGCUCUCUCUGUUGCUGUCAUCCUAUCUCUGUCACUAGCAUUUUACUUGACCAGGAUGUGGGCUGUACUACAAAAUCUUUCAUCUGGAGAUAUUAAAAAUCAUCUUUCAAAGUUUUGA